AUGGGUGAUACGAAUGGACAAGUAGUAGCUGGUGGUAACGGCGAAGGAAAUCGAUUGGAUCAAUUAUAUCGACCAACCGAUGUGUUGAUCGACAAAGAGACGGAUAGUCUCAUUAUUUGUGAUUGGGGGAAUCGACGAGUCGUACAAUGGUCUCGUCGUAGUGGUACAACUCAAGGAGAAAUCCUCAUUCCCAACAUCGAUCCUUAUGGAUUGGCCAUGGAUGAUCAGAGAUAUCUCUACAUCUCUGACAUCGACAAACAUGAAGUAAGACGAUAUCAAGUAGGAGACAAGAAUGGAACUAUUGUGGCUGGUGGCAAGGGCAAAGGUGCUGGUCUUAAUCAACUCUACGUGCCGACCUACAUCUUUGUCGAUCAACAACAGACUGCCUACGUGUCAGACAACAAUAAUCAUCGUGUAAUGAAAUGGAAUAAAGGUGCAAAAGAAGGAAUUGUCGUCGCUGGAGGUCAAGGCUAUGGGAAUGCUCUGACACAAUUGCAUCGUCCUCAAGGACUGUUCGUCGACACAUCGGGUACCAUCUAUGUGGCAGACUUAGGGAAUCAUCGAGUGAUGCGUUGGCCUAAAGGAGCGAAACAGGGCACUGUCAUUGUGGGUGGAAAUGGUUCCGGAGAAGGAGCAAAUCAGUUCAACUUUCCCAUGGGUUUGUCCUUUGAUCGACAUGGCAAUCUCUAUGUCGUCGAUUAUUGGAAUUAUCGUGUUCAACGCUUUUCAAUCGAAUAGACUCGUCGUGAUAGAAUCUUUUUUGCGUUGCUUUCCUUUCAAAUAAAUCGCAUUGAAUUGAUGAAAUGAAUGGCUUAUUCUAUUCGCGUGCGCGACCAGGAACCAUCCUGGUGGAGCCGUGGCGAGCGUAACGCUCAUGCACGCGCAGGACAGACUCAUAUCAUUCAUACCCUCCCCGCGAGAGAUAUGUCAAUGAGUCUGAAUAAGCCUGGUCGUGUGCCACGGACACCAAGAUAGUUCCUGGCCAGUGUUUAACGUCUAACCUGAGAAGACGAUCUAACUAACACUCAUAACUCUAUCUCACUCUCUCUCUCUAACUAUAAAGAAAAAAAAAUCUAUACUUACAAUUCUACUGAUUGAUAUUGAAUGUAAGACGAUGACUAUCUAAAAGAAAAAGAAAAAAAAUUUAUUUAGAUUCGUUUAAAUUUAAAAUAAGACUUACUUUCUAUUAUAUCCACUGAAAAGAGAAAAGAAAAAAAAACAUAUUUUCAGAAAAAUUAAUAGGUUGCAUAUCGCUAACCCAUUAAUCUUAAUGAUAUAUAUAAUUUAAAAAAAAAGAAAAAAAAAUUAAAAUAAUACCCACAUAUUUAUAUUGUAUUGCUUGAUAUUAUUUUGUUUUGUUUUGUACCAUUAAGUCCAUCCUAAAAUAUAAUAAGAAAAUUUGUUAGUUGAUUCAUGUAAAUGAAUAAUUUUUACAUUGAAAAAUCAUUCAUUUAUAUACACUUGAAGAGAGUUAUUUUUUCCCUGGAGAGACACAAUUUUCUUUUUUUUUCCACUCUCCAAAGAAUUGUUAUUAAUAGAAGCUAUUAAUUAAACUUCAUUCCAUAUAUGCUUAUACAUAAAGCUUAAUUGAUUGCACACUUUAUGUAUAUAUGUAAUUAUUGAUCAUCAAAAUGUACAUGAUCAAUACACAUAUUGAAUGAGAUUGAGAAAAAAACAUGGUCAUUGUCUUGUACAGAAUCAUAUAGACGAUAUUCGUUGUUAUCUUGUCGAUGAAUGUUGUCACAUGUUUCUCUGCUAUUAUAUACAAUGCAAAAAAAAAAUUAUUAUUUUAUUAUGAUGAAAUCAUCAAUAUUUUAUAUCAACAAGGAAAAUCAUAUGUUUUUUGUAUUAUAAAAUGUUAUAUCAAACAUAAUAAUUUAUUUGAAAAAUUAAAAAGUACAUUAAGUCAUAAUCAUAUUUAAAUGAAUUUUUUUUCAUUUGUUAAAUUAUUUUUCUAUCGAGAAAGUCUAGAAUAGUUUUAGUUGAUAGCUUAUAAAAAUUUUCUAUCAAAAGUCAUUAGAAACAAAUCUAUUUAAGGUUGGUCUCUCUUCAAAAAAUGUAUAAUUUUCAGAAAAAUAUUAUCUCUACGUCUAAACUUAUUUAAUAUUAUAUUUUGUUUCUCAAAAAACGUACUUUUUAAUGAGAAAAAUAGAAAUAACUCUUGCUCAAUUCAUUAUAACAGCAAAGUUUGUUUUUGUCUAUUUCAAC